AUGCUUGGAUUUAGCUGGACUGGAAAGCUAUGUUUUGAUGCAGAGAAUCUGUUUAAUCUCUUUAUCAUGCAUAUAUCAACUCCUCUCGCUGCUGUCGCUACCUACUGGAAAGACUUUGAUUUAGAGAAAGAAAGGAUUAUACUGGAUGAACAAGGUCUUAGAAUUGCUGAAAAUCAAGAUACCAGUCAGAAGAACCGGCGGAAACUUGCGGAGAGCACUCGAGAUUUUAAAAAGGCUUCAAAUGAAGACAAGUUGAGCUUAUUCAACUCUUUGCUCAAGGGAUAUCAAGAAGAGGUUGACAAUCUUACAAAGAGAGCAAAAUAUGGGGAAAAUGCUUUUCUUAACAUUUAUCAGAAACUUUAUGAGGCACCAGAUCCUUACCCAGUUAUUGCUUCAAUUGCUGAAAAGGAUUCAAAGAUAUCAGAGUUAGAGUCUGAAAAUCGAAAAAUGAAGGUUGAACUUGAAGAAUUUCGCAUGGAAGCAACUCACUUGAAAAAUCAACAAGCAACGAUAAGAAGACUUGAAGAGCGUUGCCGUCAGUUAGAACAACAGAUGGAGGAGAAAGUCAAGGAAGUUGUAGAAAUUAAGCAACGCAGUUUGGCAGAAGAGAACCAGAAAACUCUUGAGGUUUUAAAAGAAAGGGAACAAUUAUUGCAGGAUCAAUUACGGCAAGCUCAAGAAAGCGUUUUGACCAUGCAAAAGUUGCAUGAACUUGCGCAGAGCCAGUUGUUUGAAGUUCGUGCACAAUCAGAGGAAGAGACAGCAGCAAAGCAAUCGGAAGUCAGUUUGCUAAUGGAUGAAGUUGAACGGGCUCAGGCUCGCCUUUUUAGUCUUGAAAGAGAAAAGGGAUUGCUGCGUUCACAAUUACAGACGGCUAAUGAAGAUAAUGAUCACAAGAACAGUGAUAGUUUGGACGCAAAUAGUUCCCUUGAGACUUCUCUGAUUGCCAAGGAGAAGAUCAUUUCUGAACUAAAUACAGAACUUCAUAAUUUGGAGAUCACCCUAUCAAAUGAGCGAGAACAGCACAUGAAAGAGAUAAAGAAGAUGAAUGCCCAGCUUAAUGAAAAGGAAGUCGCUCUUGAGGAACUGAAGGAGGAACUUCAAACAAGGCCAACAACAAAGUUGGUUGAUGAUUUGAGGAAGAAAGUUAAAAUCUUACAGGCAGUGGGUUACAAUACAAUUGAGGCUGAAGACUGGGAAGUUGCUACCAGUGGGCAGGAGAUGAGCAAACUUGAGUCGUUACUUCUUGAUAAGAAUCGUAAAGUGGAGCAUGAGCUGACACAAUUAAAGGUCCAACUUUCUGAACGGACUUCUUCAUUGGAAUCUUCCAAAGCCAAUAUUGUAGAACUAACUGCAAAGCUUAAUGAACAACAAAGAUUGAUACAGAAGUUAGAGGAUGAUAUACUAAAGGGAUAUACUUCUAAAGACAGAAAAAGCACUCUAGUCGAUGAUUGGGAUCUAUCAGAUUCGGGAGAAAAAGGGGCAUCUGAGAAUGCAGAACAGAGGCGUGCUUCCUCAGAUCAAGAUCAAAGCUCUAUGCUUAAGGUGAUCUGCAACCAAAGAGACCGCUUCCGGGCUCGCUUGCAGGAAACUGAAGAGGAAAUUAGACGGCUAAACGAGAAGAUAGGGGUGUUGACCUCAGAACUCGAGAAAACAAAAGCGGAUAAUGUCAAACUUUAUGGGAAGAUCCGUUAUGUUCAGGAUUAUAAUUCUGAGAGAGUGAUUUCAAGAGGAUCAAAGAAGUAUGCAGAAGACGUAGAAAGUGGUUUCAGCUCAGAUGUGGAAUCCAAAUACAAGAAGAUGUAUGAGGAUGAUAUAAAUCCAUUUGCAGCUUUCUCGAAGAAGGAAAGGGACCAAAGAUACAAGGAACUGGGUUUGAGAGACAAGAUCACUCUCAGUAGUGGACGUUUUCUUCUCGGUAACAAAUAUGCCCGUACCUUCGCAUUCUUUUACACCAUUGGGUUGCACAUUUUAGUGUUCACCUGUCUAUACAGAAUGUCAGCUUUGAGUAACCUCAGCCAUGGAUCUGAAGAAUCUUUUGUUGGAGACAAGACUAUCAAUCUUCCUCAUGCCCUAUAGGUCCCUUUUAAUAUAUCAAAAUUUGAUUCUUUCAAGUCCUUGCAAUCACAUGGGGAACAGAUAGGAGCUCUGUAUAAUGCGUAUAGGUUGAAGGUCGCCUUCAUUGUACAAUUCAGUUUCGUUGUGCAUAACUGGUCCAGCAAGUCUCUUCGUGCUCUCUUGCAUUGAUUCUUUCCUCGUGGUGCUUUCGUGCAUCUCCAGACACAACUCGACAAAGAAUGAAAGGACCAUGCGAAAGGAGUUAGGUAUUAGAGAAAGGAUAUAUACUGACAGCAAAUUUUUAACCUAUUAUUAUAUGUUUAUUUUCACUUUUAGCAGGUUACCAAUUGAUGUUUAAUAGAGAUUUACCUAAAGUUACCUUAUAAGUGACCCAAUUAUGUAAAUUUUUGCAAGGAAUUUAAACUCGUAGGAAAAUUGUUGUCCUGAAAAUGUUUUCCAGUGUUUAGUUACCUUGAAAUUUGGAAAAUGCUUUCUAU